AUGCUCAGUGUUCCUCUGCUGCUGCUGCUGCUGCUCUGGGACGUGGGAUCUCAUGGCUUCCCAGUAACUCCAGAAAUACAACAAGAAGACGCAGAGCUGGUCCAGAAAUACCUGGAAAGCUACUAUAAUUUGAACAAUGGGACACAAGCUGGAAAACAAAAAAGAAGCAUUGCUACCCAGGUUGAACAACUAGAAGAAAUGCAGAAGUUCUUUGGGCUGAAAAUGACCGGGAAGCCAGACAAGGAAACCCUGAAUGUCAUGAAGCAGCCCAGGUGUGGGGUGCCUGAUGUGGGUUGGUUCACCACCAUGCCUGGGAACCCCCUUUGGAGAAACCCGAAUCUGACUUACAGGAUUAUGAAUUACACACCGCUUUUGCCAAAAUCAGUUGUGGAUGACUCCAUUAAGAAGGCCUUUGAACUCUGGAGUGAGUUCUCACCGCUGACAUUCACCAGGAUCUUUCAGGGUGAAGCAGACAUAAUGAUAAGCUUUAUCAGAGGAGAUCAUGGUGACAAUAACCCCUUUGAUGGGCCCGGAAAUAGACUCGCUCAUGCUUUCGGACCAGGCCCACGAUUAGGAGGGGAUGCUCACUUUGAUCUAGAUGAAACAUGGACCGACGAAUUGUUGAUUGAGGAUUUUAGUAAGUAUAACUUGUAUUAUGUUGCGGCUCAUGAAUUCGGCCAUUCCCUUGGACUUGGCCAUUCUUCUGACAUUGCAUCUUUAAUGUACCCCACCUAUCAGUCCACUGGUGAUGUUCUACUAGGACAAGAUGAUGUUAACGGCAUCCAGCAGCUAUAUGGAACUCCAGUACAUUUCAGCAAGAAGAAAACCUUAAAAGCCCCACAAGUGUGCAACAGUGACCUGACAUUUAAUGCUAUAACUACAGUUCGGGGAGAAGUAAUGUUCUUUCAAGACAGGUUCUACCUUCGUCCAAUGUACAACAAUGAACCAGAAGAAGUGAAUUUCAUUGCUGUGUUCUGGCCCCAUCUGCCGAGUCUAUUUGAUGCUGCUUAUGAAUGUGACCAGGAAGAUAAAAUCCUGUUCUUCAAGGGUAGCAAAUACUGGGCUGUUCAGGGCCUGGACGCACUACCCGGAUAUCCCAAGGAUAUCUACAGCACCUUCGGUUUCCCUAAUACUGUAAAGCAAAUUGAUGCUGCUGCUUCUGAUGCAUACACUGGAAAAACUUACUUCUUUGUGGACAACAAGUACUGGAGGUAUGAUGAAAGCAAACGAUCCAUGGAUGAAGAUUAUCCUAAAAUGAUAGCAGAUGACUUUCCUGGAAUUGGCAGCAAAGUUGAUGCUGCUUUCUGCAAAGAUGAAAUUUUCUAUUUCUUUCAUGGAAAAAAACAAUACAAAUUUGAUCCAGCAACAAAGAAAGUGACUACUCUGAAAGCUAAUAGCUGGUUCAACUGCCCAGGAUAUUGA